GCUUGAAGCCAGCGCUCAGCACUUAGCACACGGCAUCCAAAGCGAUCGAUGUGCGGAGGCCCAGCCACUCAAAAUCCGGCCGCCCAGGUGGCAUUUGAUGCUGGCUGGGUCAGAAAAGAAAUUGUCCCUGCAGAAGAUGAUGAGGACACCAAAGACGCCCUGUUUCGCGAGGGCGUAUCCGAAGAGCUGCUUCAAGGUCGGAUGACCCAGGACGCCAAGGUGUGGCAAGAUAUGCAAGACCGACCCAGGCUGGAGAAGCGUCAUCAGGAGGCCACGCACCACUUUAUGCAGAACCUCGCGCGCAUCAGUGGCCUCUCUAUCUACGGCUGGCAGGUGGCAGUACGCUUGUUUGACCUAGCUUGUCGGGAUGAACGAUUUGUCAAGCAGAUGAGCGCGAACGCGUGCAAAGGGCAAGCUGUGGCGGCCACGGCUCUGAUUCUGGUCCUGCGCAAGGACGAGCAGAGUUGGGACGCGCCCCGGGCGACGGACCUCACAUACUGUGCAGCCAGGUUUGCUGAGUACCUCCUCAAAGUUGAACAGCCCGGAGAAGAGCCUCAGGUUCUGGUUGAGAAGGAGGACAUCUGGAAGCAGGUACAGCAGCUCUUGUGCGCGCUGGACUACGAGCUGCAUGUCCCCUGCCUGGCCUCCUGGAUCGAGGUGGUCUGCAAGCGCACGAACAUCUACAGCAAGACCAUAUUUUCGGAAAAGCUGCGGUCGGUUUGCCAGCAAAGCCAGCACACGUCCAACUUCCUGCUGCAGAUCUCCCCGCGCACUCUGCAGAUGCAGCCACGUCGAGUGGCCAAUGGCUUGGUGUGCCUCUUUUUGGUGGUUGCGCGGAUGCUGCCCAGUGAGGAAGUGCAGCCCUUUCAGGUUGAGAGCUCCGAUUGGCAGAGACUCUUGAGGCAGGCGCUGGCAGCUUCCCUGCCAGGUCAAAGCACCGAUGAUUCAGGACUCCCCAGGUGCGACUUGGACCGGGACGAAGUGCUGACAUUACUGGAGUCGCUUUCCGCUGCGACCCGCUCCACCUUGGAGGAGCUGCAGCAGGAUGCCUUUGAAGUGGCGACCCUGAUGACCGCGAUCCAAGCACUGACCAAGAAUUGCUAUCCCGGCCAGCACCAGCAUCGGGUGUAGCGGAGGGUGGCCAUUCCAAGGCUCAACAUUCUGGGCCAAAAGCCAAGUUCUUGCAACUCGUGGGGGA